GUGGGGGUGGGGGGCUGGCAUCUCUGCUCCUUCCUUGGUACAGACAAGGAUCCUGGGAAGGAAGGCGAUCUAUUCCCCGUGCAACCUCAUGCCCAUCAAAAGCGAAUUCUGUGGUGUGAAACCAGGUGGCGAAAAGGGAAAUGAGGCAAGUUAUCCGUUGGAAAUGUGCUCACACUUUGAUGCUGAUGAAAUUAAAAGGCUAGGAAAGAGAUUUAAGAAGCUCGAUUUGGACAAUUCGGGUUCUUUGAGUGUGGAGGAGUUCAUGUCUCUGCCUGAGUUACAACAGAAUCCUUUAGUACAGCGAGUAAUAGAUAUAUUUGACACAGAUGGGAAUGGAGAAGUAGACUUUAAAGAAUUCAUUGAGGGAGUCUCUCAGUUCAGUGUCAAAGGAGACAAGGAACAGAAGUUGAGGUUUGCUUUCCGUAUCUAUGACAUGGAUAAAGAUGGCUAUAUUUCCAAUGGGGAACUCUUCCAGGUGCUGAAGAUGAUGGUGGGGAACAAUCUGAAAGAUACACAGUUACAGCAGAUCGUAGACAAAACCAUAAUAAACGCAGAUAAGGAUGGAGACGGGCGAAUAUCCUUCGAGGAAUUCUGUGCCGUUGUAGGCGGCCUAGACAUCCACAAAAAGAUGGUGGUAGAUGUGUGACUCUUUUUUAAAGAGUACCACCCAACACUUUUGCUUUCUUCUCCAUCUCUGAAGAUCUGCUCAAGACGUCCAGCAAUGCUCUCUGUGUAUUUAAAUGGAAGUAUUUUUCUCUGUGAAGCCACAUUUUCCAACACGAGCCUCAUGAAGCCAACUAAGUGUUAUUGAACUCUUGUUCUCUCAAUAACUCAGUGUAGCACUUUAAAGUCUGAAGGACAGCAGCAUGGAAAGAGCAUAUCAAUGUGGUGAAGAAAGGGAAGGGGUUGGCUUUUUAAUUUAUUUUUCUUCAUCUUUUAUAACAAGAAAGUAUCUAUA